CCCUCCGCGCCGCCCGAGCCAUCAAUGUCGCCUUCUCCAGUGUUCCAGGCUCUGCGAGACCGACACCGGCUCCGGCCGUCAAUCAAGAUCCCGGCCUUGCCGCCCAAGUUGCCCCCUCGCCUCUCGCCGGCAUUAGACGGCCUGGCUCCCGGCUCCAAGGCCCUCCCGCUCGCCGUCGCCGCCUCUUCCCCGACGACUUCAACGACGACGAUGCAGAGCCUCUUUUCCCGCCCUUGCCGCAGCCACAAGUGCCCCCUCGCCCAGAGCACCAGCCCCAAGGCCAGCAACAUCAGCAGCCCCAGCAACAAGCCCUCGAGGAGGAUGCGGCCCCAGUAGCCACCCCGGAACAAGCCCGAAGCCGCCCCCGCUCCGCCCGCAAUAGCUUGUCCCCCGCCCCUCUCCGAACCCCGCUCCCCGGCCUCGCCAACCUA